AUGCCGGCCAAGCACCAGCGCGACGAGGAUGCGGCCAGCUCGGAGGACGAGGGGCCAAUGCCCAUGCCCAUGCCGGCCGCGCCUUCUAAGAAGAAGGCCAAGAAGCUGCCGUUCGAGGCCACGUAUCUGAAGAACCUGCCGAGCGCGGCCAUGUACGAACGCAGCUUCAUGCAUCGGGCCACAGUCUCGCAUGUAUUGGUGGCCCCAGAGACGCAGUUUAUCAUUACCGCCAGCGUGGAUGGCCACGUUAAAUUUUGGAAGAAGAUGGCCAAAGGUAUUGAAUUUGUCAAGCAUUACAAGGCCCACCUGAACGAGGUGCAUGGCCUGGCCGUGUCGGCCGAUGGCCUCCGACUGUGCAGCACGUCGGCCGACCGCAGUAUCAAGUUCUACGACGUGGUGGCCUUCGACAUGGUCAACAUGCUGAGCGUGGCCUUCACGCCGGCCGAGUGCUGCUGGAUCUCGGCCAAAGGGGCCAUCAACGCAAAGGUGGUGGUUGCCGACAAGAACAGCCCGGCCCUGCGGAUCUACACGGCCGAGAGUGCGACCAACGAGCCUGUGCACACUAUCAGCAAGCUACACGCCGCUCCAGUGACGGCCAUAGCGUACAACCCCGUGGCCAACUGCGUCAUUUCGGCCGACCAGAAGGGAAUCAUCGAGUACUGGGACGCCAACACAUACAAGCUUCCGGCCAAGGCCACAGGAGUCGUCAAGUUCAAGUUUAAAGGCGAGACGGAUCUCUUCGAGCUGGCCAAAUGCAAAACAUACGCCACGGCCAUCGACGUGUCGCUCGCUGGCCAGAGCUUUGUCGUGUCGGCCAAAGACAGCCAGAUCCGCGUGUUCCGGUUCGCCACCGGUAAAAUGCGGCGGAAAUACGACGAAGGUUUGACGGUGUUUGAAGACGCACAGGCCGACGACGCACUGCACUUGGAUGCUCUUGACUUUGGCCGUCGGGCCGCAGUCGAGCGCGAGUUGGCCACCUCCGACGUCGUGUCCAACUGCGUGUUCGACGAGUCCGGCCACUUUCUGGUGUACGCCACACUGGCCGGUAUCAAAGUGUUGAAUAUCGAGACCAACAAAGUCGUUAAAGUACUGGGCAAAGUGGAAAGCUCCGACCGGUUCCUACGUCUCAGUCUGUUUCAAGGGAAACCCAAGGUGAACACGCAGUUCGAGAAACAUUUAAAGGCCUCGUCUGGCCUGAAACACGAGGCCGAAGUGAUGGCCGACUCGGACAAAGAGCGAGACACUAGUGACCCCACUUUGUUCUGUACGUCAUUUAAACGUAAUCGCUUCUUCCUCUUCUCGUCUCGAGAGCCUGAAGAAGACGAAGGCGACGACGGCCCGACAGGUGGCCGAGACGUUUUCAACGAGAAACCCACACUGGAGGAGGCUCAAGUCGCCACCGAGUCGAGCACGGCCAAGGUGCUGGGAGACUUGGCCGUGCUGCACACGACUAUGGGCGAUAUCACCGUCAAGCUGUUCGGCAAGGAAUGUCCCAAGACGGUCGAGAAUUUCUGUACUCACGCUCGCAAUGGCUACUACGACAAUCUCAUUUUUCAUCGUGUAAUCAAGAAUUUCAUGGUCCAAACAGGCGAUCCGUUGGGCGAUGGCACCGGCGGAGAGUCGAUUUGGGGCGGUGAGUUCGAAGACGAGUUCCAUCGGAGCUUACGACACGAUCGGCCGUUCACUUUGUCCAUGGCCAACGCUGGCCCGGCAACGAACGGCUCGCAAUUCUUCAUUACUACUGUGCCCACCCCGUGGCUAGACAACAAACACACGGUUUUUGGCCGUGUGGAGAAUGGAAAAGAUACGGUUUCUAGUAUCGAAAGCGUGCGUGUGGACAAGUCCGAUAAGCCGGUCAAGGACGUCAAGAUCAUUAACAUUGACAUCUUCUAA